GUUCUUCUGCCAAGCAUGGUGAGAAACUGAGAAUACAGAGAACUGAGAACUUGACUUCUUCGGCACCAUAUAAACUAGAUUGGAACCUUUGCCUUCAAUUUUUCUAGCAGUAUAUAAGGGUUCUUUUAUUAGUUUCUUGGUUGCGGAACUAAUGUAACAGCCCUUCUCAAGUUCAAAGCAAAGAUGAGAAUCAAAUCAAGAUAUCUCUCCUUUCUGAUUUUCCUCUUCCUUUAUUCUCAGAAUCUGAGUCUUACUGAAGCUCAAGGACCAACCACCACAGGAUACGCCUGCUCAACGACUGGGGCUGUCUAUCCAUGCCAAACCUAUGUCCUGUACAGAGCUUUGGCUCCUAAUUUUCUUGACCUGGCAUCCAUAGGUGAUCUGUUCUCCGUCAGCCGACCGACGAUAGCAAAACCGAGUAACAUAUCCAAUACAACCUCCCCACUCCUCCCUGAUGAAUCCCUUUUUGUUCCGAUUAGUUGUGGAUGUAAUUUUAUCAACAGUACUUUUGGCAACAUCUCAUAUGCUGCCUUCAACUACACCAUAAAAGGCGGUGACACCUUCUUGAAACUAUCAACUACGAAUUACCAAAAUCUCACCACUUACCAAUCAGUUGAAGUUGUGAACCCAACUCUGGUCGCAACCAAUCUGGCUAUUGGCAGUAAUACGGUGUUUCCAAUCUUUUGCAAGUGUCCCAACUCAACACAGUUGCGAAACCGCACCAACUAUCUUAUUAGCUACGUUUACCAUCCUUCUGAUAACUUCUCUUCUCUUGCCUCAAGGUUUGGGUCAACAGUACAGUCUAUAAUUGAUGUUAAUGGUAACAAUACUCAGCCUUUUGACACAGUUUUCAUCCCGGUAUCACGGCUUCCUGGGCUUUCACAGCCCAUAGUUCCUCCUGCCUCUCCCGUUUCUCCCGUUUCUCAGCGUAAAAAUGACAGGAAAGGUGCUGUCAUAGGUCUGGGAAUUGGCUUAGGUAUAUGUGGGCUCUUGCUGAUAUUUGUUUGUGGUUUAUGGCUUCAUAGGGAGGCUUUGCUUAAGAAAAAGUUGGCAAAGGGGAAAGACGUGGAGAAACAGAAAUUUGACAGGGCAGACAGGGCACUGUCGAAGGAUGCAGGGGUGAAUUUAUUAGCUGAUGUUUCAGACUACUUGGACAAGUAUAAAGUGUUUGGAAUUGAAGAGUUGAGAGAAGCUACGGACGAUUUUGAUGAAAGUUUGGUGAUUCAAGGGUCUGUCUAUAAAGGCAGCAUCAAUGGAGAACCUUAUGCCAUCAAGAAGAUGAACUGGAAUGCCUAUGAAGAACUCAAGAUCUUACAGAAGGUGAACCAUGGGAACUUAGUGAAGCUAGAAGGCUUCUGCAUAGAUCCAGAGGAGGCAAAUUGUUAUCUGGUCUAUGAAUAUGUUGAAAAUGGUUCUCUUCAUUCAUGGCUGCAUGGUAACAAGAAUGAUAAGCUAAACUGGAGAACAAGGUUGAGAAUUGGAAUUGAUGUUGCAAAUGGUCUGCAAUACAUUCAUGAGCACACAAGACCACAAGUUGUCCACAAAGAUAUCAAAAGCAGCAAUAUUCUGCUAGACUCAAAGAUGAGAGCCAAAAUUGCGAAUUUCGGGCUGGCAAAAUCAGGCUGCAAUGCCAUAACAAUGCACAUUGUUGGAACUCAGGGCUACAUUGCCCCUGAAUAUCUCACUGAUGGUGUUGUUUCUACUAAAAUGGAUGUUUUCUCUUUCGGGGUGGUGUUGCUUGAGCUCAUUUCAGGCAAGGAGGCGAUCGACGAAGAGGGGAAGGUUUUAUGGGCUAAAGUUGAUGGAGUUUUGGAGGGAACAGAAGACAGAAAGGUGAAGAAGAUGAGAGAAUGGAUGGAUGAGUAUUUGCUCAAGGAGACGAUCUCAAUGGAAAGUGUUGUGAAUGUAAUGACCGUCGCAAUUGCUUGUUUGAGCAGAGAUCCUUCAAAAAGGCCUAGUAUGGUGGACAUUGUGUACGCAUUGUGCAAGAGUGAUGAUCUUUACUUUGAUCUUUCUGAGGAAGGAUCAUCUCCACGAUCAGUAGUGACAGCAAGAUAGAUGAGCUAUGCAAAACACACAGAUCACACAGUGGGAGAGAUAUUACACGCUGUAUCUUUUUAAUCUUUUUUUUUUUUUUUUUUUUUGCCUCCUUGGUUUGUAAAUUUUUUAAUAACCACUUAUCUGUUGAAAUAGUGGAGUAUUUGGUAUUUGGACUUUCUACCUAAGCAAGUUUAGUUAUGUUUGUAGCGUUUAUA